AUGAACGCUCUCAGUAAUAGUACAUUAAACGAGGACUUUUAGGUGAUCAAUAUCAAGAAAGAUUUACCUUAGAAUAUGUCUCCUUAGAAACGCCAGCAGUCUAAGGAUAUGAAGUCGAUAUUCGAGGGACUUGGCAAUAAGGAAUUGGACUGGUUUUCAUUUGAAAAUCGAAUCAGGACUCUUGUUAUUUUACUUCUCGAUCCCAUGCAAAAAAAGAUGAGGCUUAGAAACAAGAGAUAUUACGGAAUGAAUCAGAUAUACUUAGGAAAAGAGUGGAUGAGAUAGACUUUAUCACGCAAAAGACAUCGCGGAGAGCGAAGAAUGCUAGAGUCUAAGGUAUAUCAGGAGAUAACUAAGAUCUUGAACGCUUAAGAUGUGCUAAGAGAGAAGCAAAGAGCCACUUAUCACUAAAUUGAUUCAUUUAACAAGAUAAUUGAUCACAUGAUGGAUGAGUUCUAGAAGAUGAAGCAGUCCUUUCACGAAUCAAGGGAGUAGUACGGCUCGCUUUACAACCAACUGCAUCAGGAUUUCUCAAAUAGAGUGACUCAGAUGUAUCAGCAAAUAUCUAAGGUUGAUGAGGUCAGGAAUCUCUAUGAGAGGUAGAUUGAGAUAUACAAGGAAGACUUAAAGAGGUUUGACUUGAAGGUGGAGAAGUUCAACAGAGACCUGGAAAAGGAGUCUUUCAAAAGUAGCCAACUCAUUGAAUAGACAGAGGACUACGUCAAAGCUCAAGUCAAUAAUGUAUUCAAAGAAAUGCAGAGCUUGAGAGACAACUAAGUCUCUUAGGAAAAGGAGUUUAGAACUUUGGACUUCUAUCUGGACAAGAUUUAACCUUUAAAAACCUUUGCUUAGACCUGCGAAGUGCUUCAAGAUGUAAUUACAUAUGAAAGGGAAUUCAACAAACUCAUCAAUUAUGAGCAAAAGAGGCUACCUCAAUUCGAGUAGGAAAUCCAAGCAACUACUAUAAAUGGGUAUACCUUUGAUAAGACUGCUUUUCAGAUUCCUUAAAUACCCGCUAUGAAGGAAGAAAAGAAGAGAUAUGCCAUCUAGAAAUCUAUGAAAGGCCUUCACAAGGACCUGCUUUCUCAGAGAGAUCAUCGAUCCAUGUCAAGGUCGCCUUCAUAAGUCAGUUAAUUUGCCUAAAGUGGGAUCUUUAAGCAAAGUCUCCACUCUGGCAAUCAUUUGAAUGGUCCUCAAACUCCUAAUGUGAGAACUAAGAGACCAUUGAGUAAUAAAGGAAAGAUGACUAUGGAAUUCAACUAGAAAAGCCACUCGCUUUUGGGCAGCCAAGCCAAUCAUUCAUUCUAAUUUGGAUAGAACACAGGGUCUGGAAGUAAUAUGAAACUCACACCUAAUUAGAUUGAAUUUUUGACUUAGAUUCUUGUGCAUUACAAUCAAAUGCGACCACAUGAGACAUAAACUGUCCUAAAGACUUUGAAUUUAUCUGGGUAGAGAUAGCAUUCAAACACUAAUUUCACGCCUGAUGGUUUGAAUCAAUUGGAAAAAGCGUCUCCUAUGAUAUUUAACAAUGAGAAUGCCUCAGAGGGAUUGCAAACUGAUGAUGAGUUUAAAAACUAGAAUAGUAGAGAUCAAGCUAAAGCUUUAACCAUUAAUAAUGCUAAUAAAGGAGUGCCCUCUAUUAAUAUAGAAAAGAUGGACAAAUCUAAAGAAUCUAUAUAAAAAUCCACGAUAAGACGAAGAGACACCAUUAAACUAGCUAAGAGAGCAUCGGUAAAGUAUGAUUAGCCACCACUGCAACAGAAUAAAAUAGACGUUAGUGAAUUCUAAAAGUAAUCAUCAUUGAAGAGAAACAGUGUAAUACACAAACGUAGACCUAACAUGGCUAGGGAUGAAUUGCUUGGACUUUAGGAGCCUAGCAGAAAUAGCGAGAAGAAAGGAAAAUCAACUAAAAGAUAAAGCCAGCAAUCUGUUUUAUCUCUGACUGUUUAGAAAGUAGAACUUGAGGGAAUAAACAAUGUGAAAAUAGAAGGAAGUGGUAGGGGCAGUAGUGGACUAGAUAAACCUUCUAAGGACUUUAGCUACAAUGACUCUUUUUAAGAUAAGAAAAACUUAGGCUAACUUAGCAAGAUGAAUAGAGUAUCUAUAAAUGAAAUAAAUGCUCCAAGUGUAGACAAGAUAGAUUAAUAGUAGUAUGAUGCGAAUCUAGACAACAGCCAAAACAUAUUCGAGGGAUAACAAAAUUACUUUGGCAAUGGCAAUUAGUAGCCUCUUUAUUUAGAGGAGCUAAAGGAAAAAGAGUCUGAAGAAUUAGAGAGCCCCUUACCAAGAGAGAGGAGAAGGAAAUAGCUUUAAGAUUAUGACUCACGCUUAGAUUUAGGCAACUCAGAGUCAUCUUAAUCUUACAGUGACGAUGACGAGGAUAAUGAAGACUCAUCUUCAGGAAAUGAAGUUAUACUCACUGAAAGUGAGCUCUUUAACAAGUUCAAGGAGUUUAGAAAGAACAUCUAGGAUGAUGAUAAGGCUAUGAUAUCAGAGCUAUGCCAGGACAUUGCUAAGUCAUUUUUGAAGGAAAACCUAGAGACUGUAGAGGAGAAGAUCAACACAAUAAUGGACAAAUUAAACAAUGAAAUGGGUGCUCGCUUCAAAAAGAUAGAAGAGGUUACUGAUAGACUGGAUGAUAAUGCUUUCAGAUUGAUGGACUAGUACAAUCUAGAUUUGAAGAAGAAAAGAAGAGAAAAGAGGGAGUACUAGCUAGAUUUCAAGGAGGUUAGCAGUAGAUUAUCAAACCAAGAUGAAAUGACGAGGGGACUCAAAAAUGAUGUUGAAAAUCUUAGAAUGGCAUUAGUUGCUGUUGAUCAAACUCUGAAUAUCUAACUAGCAUUGGAUGUUCAAGAGGAAAAAGACAAAGAACAAGUAGGUCUCUAUGGCAUGUCAAAUGAAGAGUUUCAUGAUAAGUCAAUGAUAGCAGGGAAUAACACAUUCGCAACUAAUUCUACUAUGGGCAAUGCAAUACAGAACAACAUCAAUAUGGCCAAGGAGGGUAAAGUCAUGAGUCUUAAUACUAAUUGUGUAUCUUGCUCUGGAAAUUCAUCAUUUGUGAUUAAAGCCUUCAAAAUGGCAUGUUUGGCUUAUAAACCUAGCAAGGUCUAGUUUAGGAAUAAGCUCUACGAUCGCAAGGAUCUAUUAAUGAAGAAGGCUUAGAUACUCUAGAGAGAUACUAGCAACAUCGAGGAGAUAUUAAACAGUCAGAGAAGCCAAAAGACCCAGCAGUAGCAAAAUCAAGAGAUCUUAGAAUAAAAGGCUUCGAUUCUAAAGGAAAUGGUCUCUACCACUCAUGAUAGUAGACAGCAAAACAGGACACUUACAGGGAGAACUGGGUUAGCAGGAUUUACUGGAGGACAAUCCUCAGUGUCAAGCAACAGAUUGAAUCAGACAUUCUCUUAGUCUUUCAGUGCAUACAAUAAUCAGUAUGUGGGAAGGAAUGCUCAGUCAAGGUAAAUAUCUUAGAGAGUUUAUGUCUAAGAUUAAAGCACUAUGCUUAAUCAAUCAAUGACAUCGGUAAAGCAUGGAGGAGUAGACUUGACUCACAACCCUGCAAAUAUGUUAAACACUGAGACUCAGUUAACAGACCGUGAAGGUCACAGUUAAAUCCCAGAUCUAACUGUCCAGGGUCAAACAGCUGCUCAAAACUAAAGUUAUAUCUCAGCGUAGCCUCUAUAGUAAUCAUUAUCAAAGUAUUCUACAGGUGGGAACUAGAUAGGAAGAUUCUCAGUUCAUGAAAAGACUUAGAAUUUGGUAGCUGCUAGUAAGGACAAUAUUUACUGCAUAAGGAACAACACUCCUUAGCCAUAGACUUCAAUUAUUGGCAUAUAGUAGCAGCAUCACAUAGAUAUGACCACUCAGGGGAUCUUAAACUAGAACAAGCAGAAAUAUGCGAAGAACUUCAAGGAACAGCAGAUAAAUGAUAUGAAGAAGCAGAAGUAAAAGAUAUAGAGAAGGCUUAUGAAUCUUUCAGCCACUGGUGUAAUUAGCAAUUAGUACAGAACUAGACCUACAACAACAAAUGAUGGGGUAGGUUCAAGUGGCGACUAUCCAUAUCAGAUGGGGACACAUACCUAAGGCUACAUGCAAAGCCUCCUCAAAGAAAGAAAGUCUAGCAAUCUGAAUGUCAACCUUGCCCAGCACUUAAAUCAAGUUACUGCAAAUCUAGUUGAUAUGACUCAGACUCCUAAUUCUGUGAGUAGUCAGAGCAUUGGCUACCUCAAGUAUAAGAAAUAAACACCCCACUAGAGAUCUAAAUCAAUACUCUAGAUAAAUAAUGACUCAUUGGUGAGAAAUGGAAACAUAGCUGGUGGAUAAAUCGCUUAGUGUGCUCUAUAAGAUACCAAUCUGGGCUAAGGAGGAUAGAUCAUGAGUCAAAGUGUGCUUCACAUGUCAAGUAAAAAUUUAUAGUGA